AUGGGAGGAGGAGGGGACAUAUCCAGCUCGAAUUGGAUCAGAAAAGGCUCCGGACUGAGUGGCGUAUCCAGGCGUGACCAGACACCAACAAUUUCGGCGGUACUCAAGUCCGAGGACGAAAAAGGAGAUACCAAAGGCAACACGACGACGAAGCUUCCGAGUCGUCUUGGGCCUUUCCUUCUGAGAUCGAUGUCGAGUAGCAGCUCUGUCAACGAGGGAGGCGAGAAACGGGAGGACUCGGACCCAGUCCUUGCAGCCCUAGAUACCGCUGAGAAGAAGUCACUUCGGACUAUCCAGAAGGAAUUCUACGCAUCCCGCACUACAGAGUGGGUUCAGAACCUCACCACCGAGACCGACGUUGUUCCAGGGCAUGUGGCCCCUCUUGCUGAACACGAAAGUAAACAAAAAAACUCUGAACCUGAGGCUUCUUCCCACAAAGCUAUGGGUGUCCCGCACAACCCGAUCCAAGGCAACUUUAUUCCUCUUUCCAAGCCUAAACCCAAAUCCAAGUCUAGGUCGUCAAAGGAACGCUCGUCGACGGACGGACCCGAAGAGGAACCUCGCAGCGUUUAUUUGAAGCUGAGCUUGACGGACUCGCAGAUGGAGAAAUUGGCUGCCGUACUGUCCUCCGAGGACGGCGACGUCCCUGCACUUCCCCGAGGCAGGAUGAAGCUAACCGACCGCAAUUCCGGCGAUAAAGAUCGCGAGACCGACACGUACCUCACCCGAUCGCGAUCCCAAUCGCCCGCAAAGAUGCACCAGUCCGACUCCAGCCCAGCCCGCGCGCGCUCUCGCUCGCCCAUCAAAUCAAUCCUCACCAAGACCCCCGAGAGUCAACGCACCAUCCAAGGCCGCGGCCACCACCGGAACCAAUCCAGCGUCCAGAUCGGGAGUGUAUCGCCCAACAAGGCCCGCGAGACCCCUCACUCCCACCGGACCACCCCGCCUACCCAUAAAACCCCCACCCGCUCGGGAGGAGGAGGCAACAGCGACAACAGCCGCGGACAUGCCCCAGCUGCUCCCAAGCCAUCCCUGGCUCCCAUCGAUACCGAGAUCGCCCGCGCCCACGCCCGCCUGGCUGCACUGCGCAUCGGCAAGCAGCCUGCUAUUGCCGUGCACAAGCCGGUUGUCGAACGCGCUCCGUCUCCGGUGCGUCAGCCCGCUCCCGAGGCAUACCCGACUUUGGAUUACGACGAUACAUCGUCGUAUUACUCGCAGGAGUCGCCCGUCCUUGACGACGGCGGCGGCGGUGGAGGUGGUUUAGAACGCCAUCCCUCGCACAUCAGCCCAUUGCGCAUCCACAAAGACUGUAGAGACGAGCAUGAGCCGAGACAUCUGAGCAUUCUGCAGGAGUACACCGAGCGGAAACACUCGGCGCGUAGUCAGGAGGCGCUGCUCGAUGGAAAGUCCCAGGGACAGGGACAACAGCAGCAGAAGAAGGAGAAUGAGAUCGGCUACACCCCGCUUGCGCCCUUUUUACCGCGGGACAUGCCAACCGUGCGGAAGGCGUCCAAGACGCUGAUCGGCGAGGGCGGCUGGUUGGAGAACACGUCCAAGACUGACCCGAUGGGGGGUGCUGGUGGCGCUACCGGCGCGGGACUGAACAGCUCGCCGACGCGUGGUGGUGGGGGGUUUUUGGGGAACUUGGUCAAGAAGGCUAAGGAGAUGAUGGAAACUAACUCGGACCAACGCGCCCAGCGCAAAUCGCGCGAUUCCGACAAAGACACCUCCAAGGACAAAUCCUCCAAAGACGCCAAAUCCAAAGAUAAACGCCCCGCCUCGCGCCAACUUGCCAUCUCCCUCAGCCCGCGCGAGCAAAGCCUCCUGUACUGCGAGCUCGAAUUCGCCUUAGCGACUGCCCUCAACGAGUACCUGACCGCACAAUUCGCCGCCGGACGUGUCAGCGCCGACCGCCUGAAGAAAGUCGCUGAGGACUGGCAGCGUAAAGGUCGGCCCCGCGUGCUCGGGUUCCGGUAUGAUGUUGAGACGCAGCUGGAUAUGGUGAAAGCGCAUGUGCAUGAGUUUAUGUUUUGUGGUAGGCCUAACAACAAUGGCACGGCCUCGGCCCCGGCUAUUCUAGCGGUGCUUGACACGGCGCGGUCUACGGCCCGCGCGCUGCGUGUGAGGACCUUCUGCCAGCCGGAUACGGUUAUUGCCAAGCAAUUGAUAGACGCGCGUGGGUUGUUCCAUGUGUUGGGCUGCCCGGAGGAGCAGCAGAUCAAGAUGGCGGAGAUGAUUGCGUUUUUUCGGGCCGCGGUGGAGAGGAGGCGCAUGGUGAAGGCUGUUGAGCAGCAGCAGGCACAACAGGCCCAGCAGCAGGCACAGCAGGCCCAACAGCAGGCGAUGCAACAGGGAAUGCAUCCUGAUGGUAACCCGGUUCGUCACCAGCAGCACCAGCAGAAACGCUCUGGAGACGGUGGAUGGUGGGGACAUACCCAAUCCCACACUCUCAGCCACGCUACUCAUGGUCCUGCUCGUGGCCAUACUCAUAGCGACGGCUAUGUCCACGGCCAUGGUCACGGACACAACCAUAACACUGCCCCGACUGGUCAUGGUGGUGGCCACGGUGGCCACGGUCAUGGCCUCAAUGGACCGAGGGGGAACUCGGGUGGUGCAGGGGUGGGUAGGAUGGAUCCGGCUGCGUACGAGUCUGUUGAGGAGUGA